UCAGGCUGCCAGAAGAGGCGUGGCUAAUCCUAGACACUCCCACAUGUUCCCAGUUACUGCCUCACACAGUGCAAGAGUCACUGGGAUUCCUAGAAGAAUGACCGGAGAUAGGAGUCUUUCCAUCUUCCUCCUCUUUAUGCUGCAGUUCCCCCUUCUGCAGGGAGCCAAGAUCUUGACAAUAUGUUUUGUGGGUGGAAGUCAUUAUCUGUUGAUGGAUGAAAUCUCCCGUGUUCUACAUAGCAACGGCCAUGACGUGCGAAUGUUCCUCCAGUUCGGGGAGGGCAUGCUCCCAGGUUAUGAGCUGCCACCCAGCCCUUAUCCAGUCUCCACGUUUUCACUUGAUGAGAAAUAUCUGAAGGAAUACCAACGGCUUUUUACUGAGCACCAGAAAGAUUAUCUUGUCGGCAGAGGUGGACUCCAGUCUGUCCUAGCAUUUAUGGGCGAACUGACGUACCAGUGCAACAUCACAUUACACCAGUCAGAUAUCUUAAACUUCUUAAGGAAAGAGAAAUAUGACAUCGCAGUGGUAGACGCAUUUAAUCCAUGCACUUUUCUGGUCUGUGAGAAGUUGGGAAUUCCCUACAUUGCAAUCUUUCCAGGAGGCUUUGGCAAUGCCUUACGUGUGAGAAUUCCCACUCCACUGUCAUAUGUUCCACUAUUCCAGACUCAGCUCACUGACCGCAUGGAUUUCUUUGGACGUUUGAAAAACACUUUAAUGUUUUUGGCAUCUCACAUAGUGGAGAAGAAAAUCGACUCGCUGUUUGACAGUGUGAUUGAAGAACAUUUUCCAGUUGGGUCCAGACCAUCCAUAGUUGACCUGCACCUGAAAGCCGAGCUGUGGAUAUAUAAUGUAGACUUUACUACUGAGUUUGCUCGCCCGCUGCUGCCUCACGUUCAGUAUAUUGGGGGAAUAUUGGCCAAACCUGCAAAACCUCUAUCGCAAGAACUGGAAGACUUUAUAGCAGAGUCCGGGGAGUCUGGCUUUAUUGUAGUGACGCUGGGUUCUAUGAUAAGUUCAAUCCCAUUAGUGGAGUUUGUAAAGGAGAUGAAUGCUGGAUUUGCUAAAAUUCCUCAGAAAGUUAUCUGGAGAUUCCAGAGGUCACAGUGGCCAGAAGAAGUAGAAACUGCUCCUAAUGUGAAAAUCAUGGACUGGCUGUCCCAGAAUGAUCUCUUAGGACACCCUAAAUUCCGUCUCUUGGUGACACAUGGAGGACUGAAUAGUGUGAUGGAGGCAGUGUACCACGGAGUUCCUGUUUUGGGGAUCCCACUUUUUGGGGACCAGUAUGAAAACGUGAUCCGAGUUAAAGCGAAAAACAUGGGAACAUUUAUUCCACCUGAUCAACUGAAGUCUGAAAACUUUGCACAAACUAUUCUGGAAGUCAUAGAAAAUAAAAGCUACAAAGAAUCAGCAAUGAAGCUGAGCGCCAUCAGGAAAUCUCUCCCAUUCCCUCCAGACCAGCAGUUAUUACGGUGGGUGGAGCACAUCAUCCAGUCAGGAGGAGGCGGCCAUCUUCAUCCCUAUUCUUAUCAGCAGCCCUGGUAUCAGCAGUAUCUGCUGGAUGUCAUUUUAUUCAUCAGCGUCUGUCUCACUGUGACGCUCUACCUCAUUGUGACAUUAUUCAGGGUUCUCAUCAGGAAACUGCUCUCUCCUGGGAAACACAAACAACAUUAGCGCUAUACAGCUGCCGGUUUGUGACACAGCGUCGACACCAAGGUCACAUGGAGGGGGCUGCGCUGCUGACACAGAUGUGACGUUUCUGCAAGAUGGCUGUGAAUGAUAAUAAACUGGUGCAAGUGUCAUUGAGUGACAUCAUUGUUAGACUGUUCUGGGGAUUGCAGACAUUAAUCUUCAUGCUCCAUAAUAGGAUGACGAUGUACUAAGGCAAACAUGGGGGAGAGAGUGACACGUUUAUACUCUUCCCUCCAUAUUGGUCUCUUCUCCAUCACUCAGCGCGGCUAUCUGCCAGGGGGUGUGCCCAGAGGAGGAACAGGCGCAGCAAUGUGACUGUUACCAUUCAGUGUUUGUGCCGCUCUUUUCCUUCCUCCAUGUCCCAAUAUCUCCCACUACAUCAGCUUAUGCUCCGUAUUAUAUAUACAGUGCUGCCCUGUUCCUCUGCCAACCACGUUAGUGCCAGUGUUUGGAGCUCCAGUCAGAUGCUCUAAGUCACGUGAUUUACAUGUGGAUGUGAUGUAUUAUUGUGGUUCUCCUGUAUGGACAUGCUAUAUCUUUGCCAAGUCUACCAUAAUGUAUAGGCUGCAUAUUUGUCAUUUGAUUUGCAACAAAUAGGGUUGAUUCUGAGUUGCCCGCUGCUGCAAUCGCUUUAGCGUCUUUGGCUGAAGUCGCAUCUGUAACUUAUUGCUAAUUCUGCUGUCAGACAUUCUCCUGGUGUACAGCCGUGCGUCUGACUGGGCAAGGUCUGAGGCGCCCACUUUGAGCGUGUUCAGAUGCUAUAAUAGCGCUUGGUGCUACACCGAUGGAACUUAGACCAGCCCUAUGGUUAGUUCAGAUUUCCAUCUGAUUAUGGCUUCCAGGGUGAGAGAUUAAGUUUCUGUGUACGCAGCCAUGUCAGCAUCACACCAGUGACACCCAUAACACAUCCAUAACAUGGACCACUUUGUGCGUCUAAAUAGCCACCCCCCAGUCACUGCCUCUGAACGUCCAGCACGUUUCCAAUUAAUUUCUGAUACCGUGCGUCUCAAUAGCAACUGCGCCUCUGUUCGUACUGUACACACUGUGGGACCACGCAUGCGCUGUAUGAGAGCUUAAGGAAUUUCGCUCACACAUAGCAAACCUAUUGCUCAACUCUGCAUUGCGUACGGCUCAGGAUGAGGCCUAUAAUGUGCUGUGUUGUACAGGCGAGGUAAACUCUAAUGCAUCCUCUAUCACAGUUCAUCAGUGAGGGGAAAAAAGUUUUAUUUCAGGGAUACAAUUCCAUAUUCACUAAAAAGUAGAUUUUUUAUUUUAUUUUUUGCAGAUUUUAAACCCGAUGUCAAUGUUGGUUGAUUAUUAAAGUCUAAAGUUGGUCCGUU